AUGGAUUAGGAGUAUGACUUACAAUUACAAGUGACCCGUAGUAAAAUUAAUCAAAAAAGUUCAAUACCAAGAUUUGCUUUUUAGAAUAACCUACAAAAUUUUGAGGAAUCUUUAAAACAUUUAUCAUUAUAAUAAACUAGAAUUACAUAAUUGCCUGAUGGAUUGUAAAAACUAACAAAAUUGAUAUCUUUAAACCUCAAUGACAAUUAUAUUAAAUAAUUAGAUUACAAUAUAUUAGAUGGUUUAAAAAAUUUAGAAAUAUUGUUCAUCAGAAAUAAUCUAUUAUAAGAAUUCUAAUUUGGGAGAUUCUAGCAUUUGUAAUAAUUAGAUUUAUCUCAAAACCAUAUUAAAAAGAUUUGUUCUGAUAUAGGAAAUCUAUUACAACUUGAUCAAUUAUUCAUUUCACAUAAUAGCUUUAUUGAAAUCCCUAAGAGCAUUACUAAACUAAAAUGUAUAAAAAUAAUUAAAGUAGAUACUUUAAAUGUGUUCUAAUUAGAUUGGUUUAAGUAUGGGGAUCCAGGAGUUUAGGAGCUGUUUCAAUCUUAGGAACUAAUAUAUUAAUUGUUUCAUACAAUUGAGUUAUGUUGUACAGGUGAAACUAUUUCAGCAAAAUAAUUAUUAAGCUCUAUUGCAUUUAAACAAUUUGCUUUAAAAUAUUAGGACAAAGAUAUUUAAAUCCAAUAUAAAAUACAUUAGACAAUUUUAGAUGAAGAUAUUGGAAUGUUGAGAACAUUUUUGUCUGAAACUAAGAAAUUCUAAAUUGACGAAAUCAAUUAAGAAGAUUAUUCUCCUUUAGGAUUGUCAAUUUGGGAAGAGAAAUAUUUAGCAGCAAGAUACUUAUUAUAUGCAAAUGCUGACCCAAAUAAAGGAGCGUAUGUUUAUAAUUUAUUUAUAGAUCAUGGGCAAAGAGCUGUUUAAAUAUUGCAGUAUCAAAAUUGUAAUAUUAUCUAGUAUUGGAUUUAAUAAAAAGAAAUGUGGGAAUGCAUGAAUUGGAUUUAUAUGGUAAUAAUAGUAUUCAUUACUUAUUUUGUGUAUAUUAAAUGAAUGAAGUAGAGGCUUAGAAGAUUCUGCAAUUACUAUUAAAAAAUGGAGUAAAUGGUAAUCAUCUUAAUAACAAUGGUUACACUCCAAUUCACUUAGCUGUAUCUAAAGGAUACAUCUAAGUAAUUGAGUACAUUUAUAAACAGAAAGAAUAUAAAUUCAAUUUCAGAUAGAAAACCUAAAGGUAAAAACAUAAUUGUUUACAUUUGGCAGUAUUUACUAGGUAGAUUUAUAUAGUUAAAUUUUUCAUAUAUAAAUUUCCAGAGUUUAUAUUUUAGAAAGAUUAUCAUGAUCUUAUUCCAAUCGAUUAUUUAAAGAAUGAUCUAACUAUCUACAAAUAUUUGAAGGGCUUCUAGAAAGUGGAGAUCCAACAUAUUAUAACAAAAAAUGAGAUAUUUUAUAAAUCACAAUUAUCAGAAGAAUGUGAUGACAUUUUGUCCAUAAAAGUAUAGAGUUUGGCAUAAUUGGACAAUUUAGGAUUAGAAAAUAAGAUUUAGACUACAAGAAUUAAUGAAAUAACAAGAUAAAUUCCAUUAUCUCCCAAUAAUUUAAAACGAUUAGAAGAGAAAAAUACUUUGAUGAAUCCAAAAGACUCUUAAAGGAUCUAGUGUUAAUUAUAUAAGGGAAUUAAGAAGAUUGCCUAUGAAUUUGAUAGAUUAUAAUUUAACAAUAUUGAGAAUUUAUUAAAUCAAGAUCAAUUCCAAGAAUAGGUUGAUGAUCUGAUUUAAAUAAAGAAGAUAUUAUAUCAAUUAAAUUGUAUCAAAAAUAUUAUUGAUUCGAAUGAGAUUUAUAAUAAAUAAUGGCAUUUUUAAUUGAAGAGUUUGAAAUACCAAAUAAAUAAGUAAAUAUAUAGUGAGAGAAACUUAGAAGAUCAAAAGAAAGCUUCGAAUUAAUUAUUGUAAAUCUUCUUAGAAAUGAUUAAGAAAGUAGAACAUCUAUUCAAGAAUAAAGAGAAUAUUGGAAGUUAGUUGCAUGAUUUCAUUACAACAUAAUUUCUAUCUAUUCAUUGUGGAUUUGGAUUGGGUAAAUUGGUUGUGUUUUUGGAAUAAAUUCUUAAAGAAUCUAAUUCAGAUAUAAACCAUUUAGAGGUAAUCUUUAUUAAACUUCAAUUAAAAAGUCUAUCGGUAAAAUAUAAUAUUUUCAAUUAAAAAUAACUAAUGAAUAUAUUUACUAUUUGAUUUAUAUGUAUUUAGUGACAUUAGCAUAUUAUAUAUAUAAUUAACUAGACUAAGAUGUUGAUUUUUUUAACUCUCUCUCUCGUGCAUUCCUUUUAGUAAUAUGAAAUACUUAUAGGAUAUCCUCAAAUAAUAGAGUAUUAUUCAACAGCAGGGAUAAUAAUAGAACAGAAUCUCACAUCAACAUCAGAAAUGAGUUUAACUACUUUUCCUUGUUAAGUUGUACCAUAGCAACUAAUCAAUCAAAAUAUGUUAGAGUAAUCAUUACCUAUCAUACCUUAAUAUUUGCCAGAACAGUUUUCUUAAUAUUUUGAUGAUGGACACUUUUUAGGAUUGAUACCUCAUAUCCUUUCAUUUGUCAAUAUUGAAAAUGAUGUGGUCAUUUUAACUAAUUAAGCAGAACUAAUUUACAUUAGAUUCCUAAAUGAAACUUUUAUUGUUUCUGACAAAAUCAUCAUCAACAUUAAUUUGACUAUACUAUAACAUCCUGUUUUUAUGGAGACAAUUAAGAACCAAUUGGUUAUCAUUAUGUAUUCAGACACUGUUGGUAUUACAUUAGAUAUUAAAUCUGAAAAGAUAUUUUCGAAAUCUUUUCGAAUAUAUGAAUCAUUUAAUACAAAUAAAAUCUUGAGUGUAGCUGUUGUUAAUAAUAUGUUAUUUAUUGCUAUGGGUGUAGGAGGUUUAAAAAUAUUCUAAUUGAGUGGACAAAUUUUAGGUUCAAUUGAUUUCUAGUAUUCUAUCAAUAAUGCAACUGAUCUCAAAGUAUUUCAUUAAUUUGAUGUAUAUUAUAUUUACUUACUUGAUUAUGAUUUGGGAGUCACAUCAUUCAUAUACAAUCCCAAAUCUACCUUGAUUUAUAAGAAUGAAAGAUUAGCUACUAUUCCUUAUUCUGGUGAUAUUAUUGACAUUUAUAAUAAUAUAAUGAUGAUUGCCAGUUACUAAGAUUAAUAAACAAUUAUUUAAGAAAUCUAAUUGAAUUAUACAGAUUUUAGUUGGAAAUAAGUUAAUAAACAUAUAAUCAAUUCGAUUAUAGUUGAUAUCGAUAUAUUAGAUCAUGUUGCAAUUACCUUAGGAUAAAAUGGAAACACUGUUAUCUUUCAUUCCAUUCCAUCAUAGUAUCAAAUCAAAUAGCAACACUUUAUUAUGCCUUCUUUAUUAAAAUUGAAUUUUAUCAAAUCAAAAGGAUCACUGUAUCUUUUAGGUGUUAGUCUUCACAACUUUUAUUAUUCUAAAUUAGAAUUGAAGUAGAGUUACUUAUAUUGUUAUUUUGAAUUUGAAUAAUAAAUACAAUUAUCAUAUUCUCAUAUUUCAGAAUGCAAAAAAUAAUAAUCUGGGAUUUGUUCUUAUAAUCAAGAAUAUUUAAUAUAAUCAAUUAAACCCAUCAUUACUACAGAAUAAAAUUUUUUAAUUUAUUUAAUUUUAUUCUUUGUUGCUUUAGCCUUUAUUACAAUAAUCAUAGUUCUUAUAAGAGAGUUCAAUAAAUAUCAUGAAUUUGUACAUAAUUUAGAUCCAAUUUGUCCAAAAUCAAACGAAAUAACUAUGCAAACUUUUGAAAGUCCAACUAAAAUUAUCAAAUUCAAUUAGACUGGAGCACAUACCUCGUAGUUCUCUAUAAUCAGUAAUAUGACUAGAUUGUAGUAAGUGUGAUGAGCGUAUUAUUUAUAUUAUUAUAAAUAAAUAAUGCUGAUUUUUUUAUUACUAAUAUUUGUGCAAAGUUAGGAAUAUAAUAUCUCAGUUGAUUCUGAAAAAGUAAUUGACAAGUUUGAUUCAUAUGGUGAAAUUUUUUAUUAGGAAAUCGAAUAUGAAGAUAAUACAUUCAAACCUUGUCAUUUCACUAAACAAAAGUUAGUUCAAAGUACAGGAUUAAAUAUAGAUAUUGUUGAAUCUUUUAAUGAAACAUUCUUCGAAUAGAAUUAUGAAGAAGGACAUUUAAAUGGUAAAAUUGAUGAAGUGAUAGCAGCUGUCACUAUACAAAAUGGAUCAAUUGUUUUAACAAAAUUAGGUAAAUUGUAACAUUUACUGAUUACUAAUACAAUAAGUCUAGGUAGUUCAAUGAUGAUAAAAAUUAAUAGUGCAAAAAAGGUAUAUUUAAAAUACCUUAGUAAAAACAGAGUUUUAGUAAUAAUUGCAGAUUAAGAAACUUUAGCAUUUUAACUUUCAAAUAAAACAGAUGUUUUUGAAGAUUCAUAAAAAUUAAAGAUAUAUGAUUAAUUCAAUGUUGAUUAAAUAUCAAGUAUAACAACAGUAAAUGAUAUGAUAUUUAUUGCAAUGGGUAAAUUAGGGAUAUCCAUGUAUUAAUUUAAAGAGAAGAAUUUGUAAUCAAUAUCUUGGGUAGUUAAUGGUGAAACAAAUAAUCAAUUUCAUGAAGUAGUUGACAUUAAAGUAUUCUCACAUAAUCAAGAUCAAAUCUAUACUAUUUAUAUUUUAGAUAAGAAAUUAGGUGUAUAACAAUUUGUUUAUAAUUCUGUCACAACCUUAAUUUCAAUGAAUAGUAAAUUAGGAACAAUUCCAUUGAUUGGUGAUAUCUUUGAUAUUAGAUAAUCUAUUUUAAUCAUUAUUGAACAUUAACCAUCAUUUUCAUUUGUACAUGAAAUAACUUUAGAUUUAUCAAACAAUACAUACAAAUAACUUAAUAAAUAUAAAACUUUUAAAGAUGUAUAAGAUGUAGAUAUUUUAAAUCAUUAUGUUGUUAUAUUAGGUAAGAAUGGUCAUUAAGUAUUAAGACAUUCCUUACCAUAAAGUUUUAAUAAUUAAUCAUCCAAUUCUAUAAUUAUACCUAAUCUAUAAUAAUUAGAUUAUAUAGAUUAUAAAAGUAGGACUGUUAUUUUUGGAUAUACAAAACAUAGAUUUUUUUAUUCUUCUAUUAGAGAAGUAAAUAUUUAUAUAUAUACUAGUCUCCAAGUUUAAUUUUUUGUUUUUCAAACUAAACUGAAAUUCAUUAAACAAAAUUUGUAUACAAACAAAAAUCAACUAAAUGUCCAGAUGAACUUAAUGUUACAAAAGAAGAAUUUUGUUAAAUUCAAAAAAUGUAUACAAUUAAUUUUAUUCCUCCAAAAAGAGGUGCAGGUUAUUCAUAAUUAAUAUUAAUUUAUGGUAUUUCAUUUGUAUUAGGUCUUGGAUUUAUGAUGUUAAGUUUACUUUUGUGUAGAGAGUUUAGAAAAUAUGAACAUUUUGUUAAAUAUAAUGAAAUGGUUGAUAAUGAUUCAAUUGGAAUAGAAGGAUAAAAUUCAAACUCAUCUUAAGAUUCAUCUAAUUAAAGGAAAUUUGAGAAAAUUGAAAAUAAAGUAUCUUCAAUGACUCCAGUUGUUUAUGAAGAGAAAGAUGAAUGA